AGAGAAGCUGUGGGAAGACUGUCAGUCAACCUGCUCAAAAAUUACUGGAGACAUCUGCAGAAAACUGGUAGAGUCUAUGCCUCACAGGCUGCAAGAAGUCAUCAAGCAGAAGGGAUACCCUACAAAUUAUUGACAUAGACUAUAUUAUUGGUAGUUGUUAAAUAAAAAUGUGGUUUGAGCUCAAUUUAUCACUAAAUUUCUUUACAUAUUGAAACACAAAAAAAGGUCAUAAGUUUAUACCACCUUGAAUUUAGAAAACUUUUUCUUUGUCUUUAGUUAUGUGUAACAGAAUUUCAAGUGUGACGUUAAUAAAUGUGAAUUUGAUUGGGUAAUUCACAAUAAAUAUGUCAAGAUUGUAUGGAAUAAUUUGAUGCAAUAACAUUCAGUUUUGUACUUUGGUCUAAAGUAUUGGCCACCAGUGUUCCAUACAUAUGCUAUGUAAUGGAAACCUACUGUGCUUUUUGCACUUGAUGGGUGUUUUUCUAGUUCCAGUCAUGCUGGAGGAGUGUGUCAGAUGAGAAUAUUUGUUGCAUGCUUGCACACAUGGCGAGAAUGUCAUCAGUUUUAUAUGUAUUUGGUCAUAAACCAACAUAUUCCACAAAAUAACAUUUAUUUGGUGCAGGACUUGAUGUACGUGCCGCAUUUCUCGUGAAUUCAUGCAAUCGUUAUUGGGAAGCUGUCGGGGCAGGUUGAAAGAUUAUGGGAUCAUCAAAGUAAUUAAGCGUAAUCCUAUGGGAAUUGAUCAACUCUGUGUGCAAUCCAUCUAGUGGAUGUAAAGAAACUUCACAUGCUUAUGGGAAAAAUUGGAUCUGCUACAAAUUCUUGUGAAUUUGUCCUCCUGGGACCUAUGAAAUGAGGUGACAAUAAAUCUAUGAUUUGAUGGUCUACACCAAAGUAGUGGGCUGAGAGCGACUGGAACUGCCUUCCACUUAAUCUGCUUACUCAGAUUUAUUCAUCCAGUGGAAGUGCUUUUCUUCUUUGAAAUAAUGAAAGUUUUGUAAUAACCAAACAUUUAUGUAUCAUACUGUCAAGUUUUUUUGGAAACUUCCUGUCCCUCUGAAGUGACAGAGCCUGUUUGCUCUAUUGUGUGUGUGAAAUUCACCCUGCUUUUAUAAAAUUAAAUCCUGCAUAUCAUUGACAAUAAUAAAAUAGUUCACGAUUUGAAAUAGACUCUGUUAAAAACAUAAACUGGCAUAAAUGCACAACACUUUUCUUUUCACUCUGAUCGAUCUGUUAUGAAAAAUCUGCCCCCAGCACCGUUAUGAAAAAUCUGCCCCCAGCACCAAAUAAAAUUUACUCAGAAGACCAAUAAAUGGAAAUGGUCAUUUGUUUCCAAACAUAUGAUUGUCACAUGCUGCCUAUCAUUCUAUUUUUAUUGAUCUCACAACCUAUACUGAUUUAAACCGCAGCAGGGAGAUGGUAAAUAAGAAAAUUUCCAUUGUGGUUCAUCACGUGCUCUACAGAGAGUUGGCCAUACAAGGACAAGUAUGGUUUUAGUUAAGACCUGGUCAUAGCUUCCGGUCUGCCUGACUUUUAUUUUAGUUCUUGUUCAACAGUGAAAUAACUUCAACUGUACCAAAAAUGGUUAAGCUGCCAACAGACAGAAUGUUGGCGUCUGUUCAAAAGUGUUCAAUCAGUUCAGUUGAUUUAUGUGAGUCAACAAUUGAAAAAUAUGUGUCAAAACCGCAACAGUUGGCCUCUUGUUCAUAAGUUUCUCAACACUUCCUUCUGCUUUGUGAGAGUGUCUGCAGUGACGUAGUUGGCGCCACAAGAUCUGUUGGAGCUUGUUGCGGUUACAUCAGAUGUUCGUCCCAUGAAAGUUUUUUGGCACGUCGCCUGACUUUGCUUCAGGAAUGUCAAACGCAUGUGCUAGCAAUGUAUGCACCUUAUGAUGACUGUAGUAACUGUCUGGCAUUGACAUGCUCACAUAUGAGUGUACAUAAAUGUCAAAAGUUCAAUAUUUAUUUAUUACAUGCACUAUAUAACUAUAAGACUGCAAAUUAAUAGAAAACUUUAAAUUAUAAAAAAGAAAGGAUAAAAAUACUGAUGAGGAAGAAUACUGUAUGUACAGUAAAGGAAAAUAAAAGGUGCUUAGUCUAUAACCGUUAUAUACAGUGAACUUUGCAGGAGUGAUGCAUGGAAAUACAAAUAUCAGUAGAAAGUGCGGUAUGCAAAAGUUAUUCAGUAAUCAUCAGUAAAAUCCUAAGACUGUUGUGAUAAGAACAAGAGAAGGCUGCAUGUACCCAUUGCUAAAAUCCAGCAGUUGUGUAGCUCUUGUUCCUGAGGUCUACACUGAUUUGCCAUUAUUGAACAAGCAAUAAACCUGGCAGCGCAUUUGGGGUAGAGUUUGGAUGCCAUCUAAUUGAGUAGAUGUCUGAGUGCGUUAGAGAUCUGCCAACAGCAAGUUCACUAAUGGCUCUUGGCACAAUAGACUGCUCUUCCUGAAGGUGAAAUUUUAAGUGACACAACCGGAGGGUGACAUUCAUCAGCCACUCAUUCUGAGAUUGCAUUUAACUGUUCAUUUUAUUACAUGUCAUCGGUGAAUCAGUUAUCAGUUGAUCAAUGUCGCAUCCUUGAACUCAGCAUGAGCAAUCCUGCACACGUUUAUAACAGGAAGACAGACAUUUAUAUAAUAUUAUAAAAGGCUUCUCAAACAUUCCUGUCGUGUCUGUCAAUUUAUUACAGAGUUUUAGUCACAGUGUUUUUCCAAAUCACAACUCUGUCUGAGUGACAAAUGCUGACCUGGGAACUCUCUUGAUAAAUCACUGAUAAGGAAAGAAAGAGAGGUAGAAACCUGAGCGUAAAUUCCCGCUGAGUCCCAGAUUGCACAAUCCUUCAGAGCUGGGAAAUGACUCAUUUCCGGGAGACGGCUUUAAAAGGAGGGCCUCUUCAGCGCUAGAUUCAAACAGCAAACAGCUGAGAGAGAGAAAGCAGCUGAACACAGAAGAGGAAAAGUAGAUAAGAAAGGGAACUGAAAGAGAAGUACUACAGAAUAAAAUAUACCUUCUCUACUCUUGCAUAGCGCUCAGGCUUUAUCUGACGGCAUCCUGAAGAACAUUCUUUCAUUCUUUAAUUAUUGCAAAAUUUGAGAAAUCAAAAUGGCAAGCAGCAGAAUCAUCAUUUUCUCCAUUGUGGUGCUCCUGUCCUUCCUGGCCAUCAGUGAAGGGAUGAGUCUGAGAAGUCUGGGAGUGGAGCUGCACUGUCGCUGCAUCAUGACAGAGAGCAAACCCAUCGGCCGACACAUUGAGAAGGUGGAGCUGAUUCCUGCCAACUCCAACUGCCAGGAGACUGAGAUCAUUGCCACCUUGAAAAAGACAGGCCAAGAGGUUUGCCUCGACCCUGAGGCUCCCUGGGUGAAGAAAGUGAUCCAGAAAAUCAUGUCCAGCAACAGAAGACGCUGAAGAAAUGUGGCAGAUGAGCUUCGUGAGUGAGCCGUUUAUGGUCAAAUGAAAAGCACCGAAGAGUAUUUUUUGAUCAGAUGAUCAAGUCAAGACAUUACACUUAUUUUAUUUUAAUACAUGGAACCACUGUCCUGAUCAUCUGUUGAAAAUGACAGCAGAUUUUAUCCAAUCAACUUGUUUGUAUCAAACAUACUGUUUAUGUCUUUCCUGGUUUCUAUGUCACAUAUGUAUUUUGCAGUUAGCAACUAUUUUCUGCUUGUGGAGUUUGUAAAAACUGUACAACUCUUCCCUUGUCUCAUUUAACAUACUUAUUUAUGUAUUUAUGAACAAUUAGUGUAUUUAAAUAUCUAUAUAUAUGGUUGUGUGUUUUGGGUGAUAUCUUGUUCAUUGAUUAAAAUAUUAUCUUUAAACUGAAAAUGAA